UGCAUACAUGCAGACGCCACUGUUCUUUCUACGAAAAGCUUAAACGAUCUGGUUACUCGUGCAGGAGACUCUAUGGAAGCCAGGGCUAAAUAUCGAAUGACGUUUGCUGACGCUUCUCACAAAAUGGCGCUGAUCUCCAAAGACAAGAAAAAGAGCAUUCAGAAAGCACGAGAAUAUUAUGAAUUAAGGGAAGAGGCGAAAAAGGUACAAAGCGAGUCGUUAAAGUCAGCACGUCAGUACCAGUCCGCCAUUGGGAUUUACCGGGCUGCCAAGGAAACAGUGGCUCUAGCCGAGGAACGCCUGUUACAGGGCGGGGAGGUUCAGCUGACCUCAGCAUGGCAAGAGAUGCUUAACCAUGCAACAAUACGGGUGAUGGAAGCUGAGCGGGAAAAGAGGAUUAGUGAGGAAAAACAUCAGAAAACAACGUUUCGCUGGCGAGACUUAGAAAAGAGGACACAUGAAUUACAGCGGAAGUUUAAACGAGCUAUAUCAAACGCAAGGAGUUACUUUGAGAUGAAGCAACAACUGGACUUGCGGCUACAGCAACAGAAGCAGAACGUGCUGGACCUACAGCAAGCUAUUAAGGGCUAUAAAGUCAAGUAUGCUGACACUCUUCGAACGCUGGAACAAAUAUCGGAGUCAAUUCACGAAUCAAGACGUCAAAAUCUGAUACUCAUGUUUCCAAGGCAACCGGGUGUUGGAGCUGAAUCUACAAAUGUCUCGCCCAGUUUGUCCGAGCUGACCCUAGAAAAACUUGAAGAUAGACAAACGUGGAUGACCGAUGAGGAAAUGUUUCAUGAUGACGAUGUGGACGAGGAUUUCCAGAAGUCAUCAAUACAUUCCGCAGAUUCCUUUGUUUCAUUGGAUGCUGUGUCAGAACUUACCUCAAGUAACAGUGACAUCACAAAACAAGUGAGCUCAAGUGUUGAUGAGGUCAUGGUUAGGGGCAUGGUCAACAACAGAUUGGGAAAUUCCCAUGAAGGGAUAGGACUACUGGGUGCUAAAUCCUUCUGUGACAAAACUGAGCCUGAACGCAAAACUGAGCCUCAACGCAAGGACGAAUAUGCGGAGAGUGAACGUGAAAGGGGAGUGCAGGAGGAGAUCCACUACUACGACACACUUACAGAUAAUGUAGGACGUUUAUCAGUGUGUGGAGGUAAUGACACGACAGAGAGCGGUCUCAAACAGGUUCAUAACACACUCCACGACGAUCAGGUGCUACACGCUCACAACAAAACUAGUCACUCGUGUGGAGCCACAAGGGAGAAUCCACCACUGUUACAACUUAAUACAAAACAUUUACAAAGAAACCAAUUUUACACCGUUAAAGGAGAAUAUCAACAAAACGAUACUAGAAAUACUAGUGAUUUACUAAAACAUUAAUUAAAAUUGAGAAUUGAGAACAACAGACACUGCGCCACUGUUGUGGGGACACGCGUUGUCACCAUAUAGCUAGUGGAUUAUGGACCAAAUCAAUGUGUGACGUUCCCAGAACAGAUACAAUAUCUACAAAAUACGAGGUACUAGAUAAGGAGACCUGUAUUUACAUGGCACCUUAUCUAUAUUGUUAGCUGGUGAGAUGAUAGUCCGUGACUGAUACGAUGAAGUAGGUUUAUACUUCAGUUAGCUACUGGUAUACAUCUUAAACUAUCUCUGGUGACGGUAAGAUGUUUAAUCUGUUCAAUACAUUACUAUUACACAUAUAAAACAAUACUUACUUGUAUUUAUUUUUUUCAUCGCUCUGCACACGUAAACUAGGAUUAAUGCAAAGAUUGAAACACAUAAACAUUUGAUCAUGAAA